AUGAUGACCAGGACAAUCACCCUACUCUCUGCCCUGACAGUGGCAGCAGUCGCAAACCCCACAAUCGGUUACGCAGGCUUCUACUACGCCGGCUGCGCCAUCCCAAGCAUCGACGCCGCGAACGCCUACGCCCGAUCCUGCAUCAAUGUCGAGAACUUCCCAAUCAGAUCAUUCACUGCCUACAUCGAGUCUGGUUCGUGCGCUGAUGGAACCUCUACCGUGUUGAACACGUACACUGCCGCUGACUGCGACGACUCUACUCUCUUCGAGACUUUUAAUGUAGAUAGCAAGAAGCAGUGCUUUGAGGCUGACGUUACACUUGUUAGUAUCAAAGCAGAGUGUGUUUGA